CUGUUUCCCACUUCAUCGCCUAGCAACACUUCUGCUCCUACGCCACCGGCUACUUAUUUUUUCUCCUUUAGUUCUUACUUCUACUUCACUAAAUUCUUAUGCUUCCACUUCUAUUUCACUAAACGAAACACCGGUUACGGUUUCUACAACAGAAUUUCUUUCGCAUUUUUCUUCAAUCAUGGAAACUGACGAGGAGCAACCAGUGCUUCCAUUUCAGCUUCAAUUCGACAAACCCGUAGCCUCUCAGAUUAAAAUUGCUGAGUGGAACCCAGAGAAGGAUUUAUUAGCAAUGGUGACAGAGGAUUCAAAGGUUUUGCUCCAUCGCUUCAAUUGGCAGAGGUUAUGGACCAUCUCCCCUGGAAAGUGCAUUACAUCAUUAUGCUGGCGUCCUGAUGGUAAGGCGAUAGCCGUUGGACUUGAAGAUGGAACCAUUUCCUUGCAUGAUGUCGAGAAUGGGAAGUUAUUGAGGAGCUUGAAAUCUCAUACUGUUGCAGUUGUGUGUCUUAACUGGGAGGAGGAUGGACAACUAAAAAGGAUUGAUUGUUGUAACUUCUCAACAUAUGAAGACCGUACUCCUCGUUUCUUCCCUCCUGCUCCAAGGCCACCUAGGAUGCCUGGUGUGGUGUCUGGGGAUGCCGGUUUCAUGGAUGACAACGAAGAUUCAUACCAAGAGUUGUCAAAUUCUUCAUACCAGCAAUUUAAUAUUUUAUGUAGCGCUGACAGAGAUGGAAGCAUUUGCUUUAGUAUUUUCGGAAUAUUUCCCAUAGGAAAAAUAAAUGUACACGACUUUUCUGUUCCUGCUCCCUUUGUGGAUAAGCAAUCUGUUUACCAGCUUAUGAAUGCUUCGAGUUGCAAGGUCGCUUUGUCAAAAGACCUUCGUCAUAUGAUUGUCAUGUGCUCAGGAGAACUUAAUGAUAAUAUGGUUGGAUCGAGAGAAAAUCAAAUGGCUGGGGAUGUUAUGCAUGGGUCACAUGGCUUAGUUCUUGAUACUUCCAUCUUCUCAAAGAGGAAAAGUGAGCUCCAUCAAUUGGCCCAACAAGCUUCUAAUAUUGAGGAGUUAACCGAGGUUAUCCGGGCAUCAUUAUCAGUGAUGUCAACACAGUGGUCAGAUGCCAUGCGUGUGUUUCAUGAGAAGUUUGAUUCGCUAUCUAAUUUGAUUGUGGACCAUGCCCUGGACUCAUCUCCCCAAGAGGAGUUUCUGAGCCUUUUAGGUGGCGCUCGGACUAGUCCUGCAGUACAUCAAUUUCUGGUUAAUACUCUUGGUGAAGUGGGUGUGAAGCGUGUAUCAAAAGUUGUUUGUGGUGCUGGGAAAGAACUUCAGCGUAUUGUUCUUGAUCAUAUUCAGCCUGCUGCAGAAAUAAUUGCAUUUAGAAUGGGAGAACUAAGAGGCCUGUCAAGAUGGCGUGCUCGCUACCAAGGUAUUGGUUUGGAUGAGAUGCUCAUCAAUAAUGCAACAGAAAAAUCAGGCAUGAUGCUAGUACAAAUUGAACGGUUUAUGAGGGUUCUUUCAUCCGUGGAGCAACAGUUCUCAAAUUUCUUCAAUUGGCUGCUUAAAUGUAUAAAACUACUUAUGCAAGAACCAAGUGAUCAGCUUCUGCCAUACAACAGCGAACUUGUUGUCAUAUUCUUGAAGUUCUUAUAUGAUCAAGAUCCAGUAAGGCAGUUGCUAGAACUAUCUGAAGUCAGUCAUAAUAUUGAAGUUGAUUUGGAAACUAUGCAAAGAGUUAAAGAAUUAGUUCAGUUUGGAGGCUUUUCAGACUCUGAAUAUCUGAGAAGGACAUUAGCUAAAGAAUUUCAGCAAAUGGAGUCUAGCUUCAAGGAGGCUUUUCACAUGCCCUUUAAUACAAUCUCGAGAAAAAUACUAUGCAAGGAUUUGCUGCCGCUGUUUCCACUUCCGUCCUCAUCAGCAUCUACAUCCAUAACAAUUCCUAUGUCAAUAUCAUUCUACGAGGAAGACUCCCAAUCAGUUUCAUCUAAUCAGACUUGUCAACAUGAUCUUAUUGAUUACAUAUGCUUCCAAGUACCAAAUGAACCUUCUUCAGAUAUUUCAAAUUGUAUAGGCAUAAUGAGAGGGUUUACGAAUGAUCCGAGCAGUUUAAAGGAGAGCUAUACUUCAUUGGAAGCCAUAUUGUUGUCUAUUCCUGCUGGUUAUGACUGUGUUGAUCUUUCUUUAUAUAAGGAUACUCAAAUUGUCUUGUUACUAAAUGGGACUGUCACAUCAUCUGAAAGCUCUGGAGAUGCAUGUAUGAUGAUUUUGCAAGCUAAUGACCUUCCAUUUAUAUCUAUUUCAAGGUCGACUUCUUUGAAGAUGUGGAAAUCGCAUCAACUUAGGGAUGCUGUCGUGCAGCUGCAAAUGGAGAAUGAAAAGGUUCGCUAUAUUCCUCAUUCUGUAAUUGCUCCCUUGGCUGUCAGUGCAUCCAGAGGUGUAGCCUGCAUUUUUGCUGCAAGAAAACGCGCCUUGGUUUACAUCUUGGAGGAAGAUGAAGAUGAAGUUCCAGAAACAGAAUGGCUGCCUCCCUCUUGAUGAUUACAAUUUCAUGCUUGGAUAAGGAAAUCGCUAAAAUGCCAUCGUAAGGAUGACCAAACUCGUAAGAAGAGGCGCGUGAGAUGAAGAGUUGAAGGAGAUAUUUAUUGGCACUAAACAACUUCUGCACCCUUUGGAAUGUCGUUUAUUUUGUAUUUUAUGUAAAAAAUAAAAAAUAAAAAGUAUAACGACUGUAUGAGCUUUUGUCGUUUAUACGACCAACCCUUAAGGGUUUAGAGUAACAACCGUGCGCCAUUUUGUUCGUUCUUAUGGUUCUGCAAGUUCGGUUUGUUCAGUGUCUUUUGUCCCAAAUAAAAUAUCCUUUUAGAAAAA